AGCGGGAGGCGUGGCAGCAGCAGCUACACGGGAGGGAGGGAGGCAGGUUGGCGUGCGGAGGAGGAGGGAGCAGCAGCACCAGCAGCGCCUUCUUUCAGAAGGGAGGCGAGAGGCACGGCAGCAGCAGCUACACGGGAGGGAGGAGGGAGGCGGGGUGGAGUGCGGAGGAGGAGGGGUGA